AUGAGCCAGUCUAUUCCCCUUGUCCAUGGUCCAAUGACCGAAGAUGUACUGCACGACAUCUUCGCGUCAGACCAAGACAUGUACCCUGCACCACUAACGUAUCCACAACUCCAAGGCUGGACUCAAGCCUGCCCAGAGCUAUCCGUGUGCUUCUAUCCACCGCAAGCUCCAACGCAACCCGAUGGCGGCUCCGAUGCCCGGUCUAAGCCCGCCGGGGCGAGCAUCGUACUCCCGCUGAUGGAGUCUUACUGGCGGGACUUACUCGUUGGAAAGAUCCGCGAGACAGAUAUUAACGCAUCCAAGAUGCUCUGCUCCGAGGGUGGCGCGGAACAUUCUGUAGGGCUGCAUGUGUUCCAUGUUGAGCGGUACGAUGAUCGAGUAAAGGGGUUUGCGAAGUCUUCCCUCGAACACGCGGUGGUAGCAGCGCAGAGCAAGGGUUGGAACAUUCUGGGAUGCUCAGGUGGGUUGCAAAGAUUCUGCACUCAGUGGCAACGAGACCUUGAAAGUCGUGCUGACAAGACAUUCGCAUCUGCAGCGCUGACUGCAACGCCGGAGGGUCGGCGCAGUUUCGAGAAGCUUGGAUUCCGCGCGACAGGCUACCAGGAGAUAUGGGUUGAAGUGGAUGCCGAGAUUCAGCUGCGGACCGUCACUCCAGGCCAGGAUCGCGAGGAAGUCCUGACAAGCAUCAAAGCUGAUUCCAUCAAAGGGGAGGCCGCUAUGUCUGUGAGGUACACCAAGAAAGAGCCAGAAGACAGCCAAAUGCCGUAG